UUCAAGAAUGCGAAAAUGAAGCUCCUCACACCAAUUCAUCUAAUCCUCAAUAAAAAUGUCCGACAUCGACGAACGACCCUCUAAAAUCCGCAAAGUUGGAUCUACCGACAAUGCAUCAGCUUCCGGAGAUGUGAUACCACUCAAUUCCCCCUCCAAUGACAUAACAAUGGAGCUUGAAACCUCAAUAACUACCCAAGAUACUCCCACCAAUAUUAACUCCAACACUACCGAAUCGAGCACCAUAAUAGACGCAAACCAAGCCAAUCCCCUCUCCAAAUCGCAAAUAAAGAAACGCAGAAAACAAGAAGAAUGGGAAGCCAACAAAUCCAAGCGAGCCGAGUUCCGGCGCAUCAAACGGAAAGAAAAGCAAGCGCGCAAAGCCGCUGCUCACGCAUCAGGACUCCUACCUCCUCCUCCGCCCCAAUCGUCACGACGCCCUAUUCAAGUUCCUGUAGCUUUCCUCAUCGAUUGUGAUUUUGAAUCCUACAUGAUGGAAAAAGAAAUCAUAUCAUUAACAGCGCAAGUAACAAGGUGCUAUAGUGACAACCGGACUGCGGUUUAUAGGGGACAUAUGGGGAUAGCGGGGUGGGGAGGCAAGAUGAAGGAGCGGUUUGAAGGGGUGUUGGCUGGGAAUUUUAAUAGUUGGAAGGGAGUUAGGUUUAUGGAGGAGGGAUGGCUGGAGGCGGCGGGGAUUAUGGAUGGGAUUAUGAAGGGACCUGAAGGUGGAAAGUUGUUGGGGGCUUUGGCUACGAAGAAUGGACUUGAGGAGUAUAAAAAGCCGGUUAAAGGAGCAAGGAAUCUGGAAGGGCAAAGAGGAGAAUCCAGAGAAUCCACACAGCCAGAAAUCGAGGAAAAUUUAGAACCAUCAGAAUCCGUUCCCGCUACGUCGGUAGGCCCAGAAACUACCUCCAUCCCAGCAGUCUCAGAAACAUCGCAAGUACCCGAGCCAUCAGAACCCAAUCCCACCACCUUAACAAACCCACCCCCCUCCAUAAUCUACCUCACCUCCGACUCCCCCAACACCCUGACCACCCUCACCCCAAACACAACCUACAUAAUCGGCGGAAUCGUCGACAAAAACCGACACAAAGGACUCUGCUACAAGCGCGCCUGCGACGCCGGCGUCGCAACCGCCAAAUUACCUAUUGGAGAAUACAUGACGAUGCAAAGUCGGACUGUAUUGACUGUGAAUCAUGUUAUGGAGAUCAUGAUACGGUGGUUGGAGACGGGGGAUUGGGGUGAGGCGUUCUUGAAGGUUAUUCCGAAGAGGAAGGAGGCGAAGUUGAGGACGGAGGGGAGGGAUGGUAAUGGUGAGGAGGGUGAGGGUGGACAUGACGAGGAACAUGAUGAACAUGAUGAGAAUGAGAAUGAAAACAGUGGAGACGAAAGUGAGGAUGGUGAAGAAGGUGGAGUUGCUGUCGAAGCCGAACAGACAGGAGAGAAAAAAGUGUCCGAACAGAGCUCAAAAAAUGAUACCACAAUAGCUGGUGCAAAAUGAGCAAUUAUUAUAGAAAUAAAAUAGCAAUUAUCUGCCUAUCAUUCAUUUCAUCAUAAACACUAAUCAAAAUCCGGGUAUAAUUUUCCAGUAACCAUGAAUAACCACACCUAAACGCCUCUUCCUUUCUUUCUUUCUUCUCU